AAGGAGAUGCAAAGAGAAAACCUUACAACGUGGACCUUUUUUAUCCUGAAAGGUUUUUCUAAGUAUCCAAACUUAGAGAUUGUACUCUUUGCCUUUAGCCUUGUAUUCUAUCUGAUUACCCUCUUGGGCAAUAGCACUCUUAUUUUAAUCACUAUUCUGAAUUCAAAUCUUAAAACCCCCAUGUACUUGUUCCUUGGGAAUCUGUCUUUCAUGGAUAUUUGUUAUACAUCUGCUUCUAUUCCCACUUUGCUGGUGAACCUGCUCUCCUCACAGAAAACCAUCGCUUUUUCCGGGUGUGCUGUGCAGAUGUAUUUGUCCCUUGCCAUGGGCUCCACAGAAUGUGUCCUUCUGGCUGUGAUGGCAUAUGAUCGUUAUGUGGCCAUCUGCAACCCACUGAGAUACCCCAUCAUCAUGAACAGGCAAGUCUGUGUUCAGAUGGCUUCUGUCUCCUGGGUGACAGGCUGCCUGACUGCUAUGCUGGAGACUAGUUUUGCUUUGCAGAUGCCCCUCUGUGGGAACCUGAUUGAUCACUUCACAUGUGAGAUUCUGGCAGUGCUGAAACUAGCUUGUGCAAGUUCACUGCUCAUGGACAUGAUCAUGCUCCUGAUCAGUGUGCUCCUUCUGCCUAUUCCAAUGCUCUUGAUUUGCAUCUCUUAUGCUUUUAUUCUUUCGACUAUUCUGAGAAUCAAUUCAGCGGAAGGAAGAAACAAAGCUUUUUCUACCUGUGCUGCCCAUUUGACUGUGGUGAUUUUGUAUUUUGGGGCUGCCCUCUCCAUGUACUUAAAGCCUUCAACAUCAAACUCACAAGAAAUAGAUAAAAUAAUCUCAUUGCUUUAUGGAGUACUUACCCCCAUGCUGAACCCCAUAAUUUACAGCUUAAGAAAUAAAGAAGUCAAAGAAGCUAUGAAAAAGCUAUUGGGCAAAAUACCAGUGCAUCAAACUCAUGAAAAUCACUGA